AAGAAAAGCGAUGGAGGCCGGAAGAAGCGGAUACAGCAUGAAACCGCCGCCAGUCACCUCUCUGCGCCCUGCAGGAAGUCUGGAACCGGGUCUCCAUGAGGAUGUUAAGUGGAGUCGUCUGGCCUAAGCCUUCUUUCCAUCCAUAGACAAAGGAUGUAAUGACACAGGCUGCAGCCAGCAGCUAUAACACUGCCGCCUGUCAUCUGCUGGACACCUCUGAUAUCUGUGUGAGGGAAAGAGCAAUCCAAGCAGUUCACACUGGACCGAUCACAUGACGUCUUUUACUCGCUGAUGGGAACUGUGCAGCAGAACUGGCAUGUUAGGAGUUACACAGCAGCACAGGAGCUCCGCCCCUCGGUGACACGCACACGCCCCGGAAGAGGGCGCUCCGGCCUGUCUCCUCUAUCACCACCAUGCUGCUGUCCGCGGCUCCCGGGACAAGGUCAUCCGCAUGUGAUCCCUGAGCCGCCUCCGGGCUCCCCGCUCCUCCAUGGGUAUUAGGCAGUGAACAUCAUUUUGCUUGUGAGACCACGUACAAGUGGAUACCAUGUCUUCUGUCUGGGCAGCUCGGACAGCCUUAUACAUUGUCCGCUGGGGGCCUCCAGCUGGGACAAGUGUGUUUUUAUGCUCAAGACAGGCUCACCAUGCAUCCGUGCCAAGUUGUAACAGCACUUCACACCAGUAUCCUUCCUCCAGGAGGUCAGCUGCCACUAAAGAAAACCAAAAACAUCAGCGGUCAAAGAGUGCGACUGAUCAGAGCAUAGAACUGAAGAUAGCAGAAUCCUGUAAAAACUUCAGGAGGUUCAUAACAGAUCCAGGGCUUAUAGACUCAGUCGUGAAAUGCCUUGCACCUUAUGGAUCCAGCAGGACGGCACCCAUCAUUAUGGACUGUAACCCAGGUCCUGGAAUUCUAACCCAGGCAUUGCUAGAUGCUGGCCAUAAGGUAUUUGCCUUGGAAAAUAACUCUGAUUUUCUGCCAUCUUUGGAGAGAAUACAGAAAAAUAGAAAUGGACAACUGAAAGUGGUUCACUGUGACUUCUUUAAGAUCGACCCCUGGUCUGAAGGACUUGUUCAGCCUCCUUCUAUGUAUUCCAGUACACUUAUGAAAACCUUGAACAUCAGUGAAGUUCCUUGGGCUGCAGAUGUCCCUCUAAAAGUUUUUCUGAUGCUUGGCCAUAAAAAAGAACGAAUUUUACUUUGGCGGCAAAUUUAUUCUCUCUAUCAACGACUUUCAGUUUACAGAUUUGGAAGAGUAGAAUUAAAUGUCUUUAUGACGGAAAAUCAGUACUUGAAACUGAUUUCUAGACCUGGAGACUUUAUGAAGUAUAAAGCACUGAGUGUCCUGUUUCAGGUUGCAUGUGAUAUUGAACUGUUACACAAGGAACCCACAUCCUCAUUUUUGACACCUGCAAAAUUUAGGAAUCCAUCAAUGACCAAAUCUGGGGGUUUUCCAGAUGAUGGUUUGUGUUUAGUACGAAUUACUCCAAGAAGAAACUUGUUUUCAGAGAAUUUUACAACUGCGGAUGGGAGUACAUUCAUUCAUAUGAUAAAGCAAUUACUGGCAACACGCAAGUCAAAGCUGAUAGACAAACUUGAUAACCUGGCUCCUGGUAAUGGGAAAGAUUUAUUAAAAAGUUUAGCUUUGCCAAUGAACAUUGUAACGGGCUGCAUCUACCCAGAAGAAUACAAGCUACUUUUUGAGAUCCUGUCACAUUCAGAAGAGUUCAAUCCAAGUUUUGUAUUAGAUGAAAUCUAUGAAGAUGUAGCAGUUCCAUGCUAUUGAACCAACUAGAUGCUCUGUUUAUAAUAUUGAGAUUGCACCUGCAUCGACUUUAUGUAUUCAGAUCCAUUGUGGUUUUAACAUACCAUAGCUGCAUUAAAUUCUCUGUUUAUUUGAGAAUAUAAAAUCCCUGUAAUUAAUUGUAUUGCUGAAAAUUGUCUAAUGGAAUAAUGGUUUACACAAUACAGAACUGCCAGAUACUCCUUAUAUACUUUCUACAUGUUGUGCAAUUCUGGGUUUAAGGAAAGGACAUUAUUUAUCUCAGGCUAAUAGAAUAAUAAAAAUGGAAAACUGAAUCAAAAUGGCAGCAUCUAAAUAUAUUCCCUCACACAAGCUUCUUCUUUCCACCUGAUAACCUGCUAGAAGGGUCACCCUAUUGGCUUAAAGGGGUUAUCCAGCAUAAGGUGAUUUUAGUACGUACCUGGCAGACAGUAAUGGACAUGCUUAGGAAGGAUCUGCACUUGUCUUGGGCUAAAUGGCUAUGUCACGCCCCCUCCCAUAGACUUGCAUUGAAGGGCGGAGCGUGAGGUCACACGGGGGCGGAGGUGUGACAUCACACGCCGCCGGCCCCAUGAUCGACCGUAAUCAGACCCGGAGCGAACACGCUCCGGGGACUGAUCACAAACGGGGUGCCGCGUGCAAGAUCACGGGGGUCCCCACCAGCGGGACUCCCGCGAUCAGGCAUUUUAUCCCCUAUCCUUUGGAUAGGGGAUAAGAUGUCUAAGCACCGGAGAACCCCUUUAAGUGACACUGAGGGAUCAAGGAGGGGGGAAUGAAGCGGCACAGCGGAGGAUCAAGGUGGAGGAAUGAAGUGGUAAAGGGGGUGAUCAAGAAGAGGAAUGAAAUGGUGCAGGGGUGAUUAAGGAGAAGGAUGAAGUGGCAAGGGGUGAUCAAGGAGGAGGAAUUAAGUGGCACAAGGUGAUUGAAGGGGAGGGAAUGAAGUUGCACAGGGGCUGAACAAGAGGUUGAG